CUCUCCACUUUCUCUCUUUCCUAUUUGGUUUUCUCUCUUACCUCGGCGAUCACAUUCUCUCUUGUUUCUGUGUGUGUUCUCAACCUUUCACUUCUCUCUAUCUCUCUCUCUCACCUUCCAAAUCCACCCUUUAAUUUAGUCGCACAGCAAAACAAUGGUGGAUCUUCAAACAGUUUGCUGCAUGUGUGGUGAUGUUGGGUUCCGUGACAAGCUUUUCCGCUGCAACAAAUGCCGCCAUCGCGUUCAGCACUCGUAUUGUAGCAACUACUACGGAGAAUUACCAGAGAUAGAACUGUGCGAUUGGUGUCAAAGUGAGGAGAAGAGCUCAAGACAUGUAGGCUCCAAUUCAAAGAAAUCGGUCCCCGGAAUCGAGACCGGAACCACCAUCCGUUCUGAAUAUUCCGGAGAGAAAAUGAUCAAGCAGCAGCAGCAUGAUCGUGAAGAGGGCGGCUCUGAGAAGGGGAAGAGUCCCGCGCCGUCGCCGCGGCCGGGUGCACGCAGGUACAAGCUUCUCAAGGAUGUAAUGUGUUAGAGGGAUCAAGAACAAAGCGACGUCGUCUAAGCCAAAUAAAGAAGAAGAAGAAGAGAGGAAAAACCAAUAGGGUAGGGUGACUUUGGAGUUAAGAAGAUGUUUUAGUUUGUGUUUGUUAAUAGUAGCGUGUAGUAGCUUUGCAAAUUAAAGAGUGUGUUGUUUUCUUGAAGUGUGUUCUUCUUUCAACUUCUUUCGUUUUUGAGUGGCUUUUCAGCAAGUUGUGAAUAAAACUAUGUAACUUUAAUAUCAUCUAAUCUAUCAUGGCCUAAAGUUUUAGGCUCUAAUCCCCACUUCUUUUA